AAGCGUACCGUCCAUGUCGAUGCAUUACUUUUAGUGUUUAAUAUAAUUCGAAACACGUUGAGCACCUAAAUGGUGAAAUUGAGAUGAGAUCGUUUUUUGUUUUAGUGUUCGCGUGCCAGCAAAUCGCUUCUGUCUACACAGAACAUGCCAAUCCAUUGGAGAAUCCUUUUAUAUGUGGAGUUCCAGCCUGUCUAUCGGGUGACAGCAAAUUUAAAUACGGCCCAGGAAAGUACCAGACUUACAAGUAUUCGAUAGAAUCGAGAAGCGUGUUUAACGGGACGAGCAAGAAUGAGUCGACUUUAUAUAUUGAGGCUGAGGCGAGCCUUAAUUUCCUCACACCUUGCGACGGUGUCCUGACCCUAUCCGAGGUUAAAUUAAGCGAAAACAUCCCGAGAGACAAGAAUGAAAUUCCGGAACACUCUAACAGUCGAUUGUUUGCUGACAUGAUAAGUGAACAAUCAUUGAGGUUCGCAUUUAAAGAUGGGAUUAUCACGGAAUUAUGCCCGGAAAAGGACGAAAAAAGCUGGCCUUUAAACUUUAAAAGGGGAAUCUUAUCUAUGUUGCAUAAUAGCAUGAAAAGGUUCGAUCUUGAUCACACCACGAACGAAGAGGAUGUAAGAGGAAUAUGUCCGACCACUUACACAGUAAUUGGACCUAAGGAGACGAGUCUGCUGAUAGAGAAAACAAAGGACUUGAGUUCGUGCAUCGACAGGGCGAAAUUCAAUUCUAUAGUUCAGUUUUCUGCGAUUCCUAAUUUUCAGUCUCGGACGAAAAGUCAAGACCUCUUGAAGUCGAAGAGCAAAUGUACCUUAUCGAUCGAUCACCACAUUUACAACGAGAUCAUCUGCGAAGAAACUCACGUCUUGGAACCGUUUUCCAACCAAGCGGCCGGUGCGAGCACCGUCAUCAUCCAGCGUUUAUCUCUCGUAGAAGAAGGCGAUAAUAAACGUUCUGACGAGCAAAGCGAAAUUAUGAGAAGAACAUCUCUGAAAUUCGACCACGCAAUACCGAAGCAGCCGACUAGCGGUAACAUAAAAGGAACGAGAGAUUUAAUGAAAAAAUUAUGCAAGGAGAGUCACAACGAAUUGCACAUUGAGUUUUCCGAAUUGUUCGGGCGAUUCGUUUACGAACUACGUUCGCUUAGCUAUCCGGCUUUUUCCACUUUGUAUUCCCAUUCGAGGCAAACCUGCUCAACCGCCACCAAACAUUUAUUAGACGCUCUACCGUACAUUAACACGGGUGCCUCUGUCGCUCUCAUGAAAGAUAUUAUCCUAAAGGGUGGCGUAUCCGAAAACACAAUGAAAGAGUGGAUGUUGUCAAUAGCUUUCAUUCCGAGGCCGGAUGAAGAAAUGAUGGAUUCGGCAUUAAUGCUCGUGAAAGAAAAAACCUUCUCCGCGAACACAGUUUUAAGCGUUGCUUCUCUCGUUCAUACGUUUUGUAGUCAGAAUUCCAAUUGUCGAAAUAUCGAAGCCGUAGCAUCCGUAGUCGAACAUUUCGAAGAUUAUUUGCUGAGCUGGAUCCGUGCGAACGAGACGAAUAGAGACGCAGAACACCGUAUCAUAGUGACACUUAAAGCAUUGUCUAGCAUUGGUCUGAUAUCUGAGGAUUUCGAGAGCGAACUUUUUGAGCUCGUUGAAGAUCGAGAUCUAGAUAUAGCUGUACGGUUGGCUGCAGUGGAAACUUUUCGGCGCUCGCCUUGCGAAAGGACCAGAAGUUACUUCGAUCGCAUAUAUCGAGAUCAGCAGGAAAAUAGCGAAAUUCGGAUAGCGGCCUACUUGCAGAUGAUGAGAUGUCCAAAUUAUCUACUCGUUAGGACUAUCGCUCGUAAUUUGAGGCACGAGGAAGUGAAUCAAGUUGGUUCUUUCGUAUGGUCCCAUUUACAAAACAUCGUAAAAACUGCGAAUCCGGUCAAGGUUGAAAUUCAAAGUUUGCUGUCUGAGGAGGAUUUGGUCCACAAGUUCAGUUCGGAUAUAAGAAAAUUUUCCCACAACAGAGAAGGAUCGAUGUAUUUUGAAGAAUACAAUUUCGGUGGCAACUACGAAAAUAAUGUUAUAUUUUCGCCCUCUUCCUACAUACCGAGGUCUGCCAUGUUAAACCUAACAGUUGAUUUAUUCGGGGAAUCUGUCAACCUACUGGAGGUUUACGGAAGGGUGGAGGGAUUCGAACGUUAUUUGGAAUCGCUGUUUGGGCCGAACGGGAGAUCCAGCGUUAUUAAGGAAAAAAUGGAGAAUCUCAAAAUGAGAUGGACGAGAGGCGCUAAAGAGAAUGAACUAAUUGAGAGUAAAGUACACGCCCUUCCCGAUGUUACCGGCAAAACGAAAGAGGAACCAAAGGUAUCAUUCGGGAUGCGAGUGUUUGGUAACGAUUUGAAAUAUGCAACUUUAAGAGGCGACGACGAAAUUCGAGCAGCUGUUGAAAGUUUCAACGUGUUAAACUACCUUAAACAAAUUUUGUCGGGGAAGGAAAUCAACUACAAACACUCGGGGAUGUUCCUGGACAUCAACUACGUAGUACCCAGCUGUACCGGUCUACCCCUGAGCUUAUCCGGACUGGGUACCGCAUCCGUCGACGUAAAACUAUUCGGUUCCUUGAAAGCGGCAGGCUUUUCCUCCAGAAAGGAAUUAGAUCUUGUCGCUAAUAUGGAGUCGGCAGCAUCUAUGGAGAUUUCAGCCGAAAUGUCGCUAAACGCUUUCUAUGCCGGCACGGGUAUCAAAUUAAAAACGAAUUUGUAUACCAGCAGCGCCGUUAGGGCCGACGUAAAAUUACGAGGGGCGAAAUUAGUCAGUAUUAAGUUCGGCAUGCCGAAGAAAAACGCCAAAUUAUUCGGAGCAAGGUCCGAGUUAUUGGUGAGGAAAACUAACGUGGAGCAGAAACAAAGAGGCCUAUCGGACUCAAAAACAUCCAAUUCAAUAUGUUCCUGGUCCGGGUUUUCUGAUGUUUUCGGACUUAAACUGUGUACCGAUUAUAGUUUCGUUAACGUAUCGAGAGUAUUGGACGCGCCAUACUUCUUAUUGGCAGGACCGGCUGAGUUUCAGUUGUAUAUUAACAAAUCGGAUCCCACAGCCGAUGUAUAUUUAUUCGAGUAUAAAUGGAGCCAAGCCAAAGAUGUAAAUAUGCUAUCGUUAACAUUCGAUACCCCCGGUUCCACCGUUAAAAGAUUGAUCCACGCUAAUUUUACAAUCGAUAGACAAACGCAGAAUUUAACGAUGUUGAUUCAGUCUUCUGCAGGCGAGAUGCUAGCUCGAGGGAUAUUUAAAAACAGCGAUGAAGAGAAAUUCUUACAGGUAGUGCUAGACAUCAAUAAUAAGAAGCACUUUGACGCCAGCAUUUCUUACGAACGACUUGUUAGGACGAACGGAUACAUUUACAAACCGAAGGUGUAUCUGGGUGUCAACGGGGAACGAGUCAUGGAACUGCAAGGAUCAAUCGAUUACAUAAGCAAAAAAGACAUUUCCCAAUACACUGUGGAUUUAAAGUUCCACACCAAAAGAUUAACUUCGAAGUUGUUCGGGUACAUAUCGAAAACCGAAUCGUCCAUAGGGGCGGAUUUGCACCUGGACUACCGAUUUCAACACACUAGGCAACACAGGGUGUCGUUGAAAUUUAGUCUGGCCAAUAGAUCGAGGAAAAAUAUCGCCAUCAUAAUCGGAACUUGCGAUGUCCGGUCUUCCGCUUAUCCGAACGUCAAUUUUAAUACGAACGUCACUUUCCAGAGGAGCGGCAGUCACAUGGAGUUUAAAAUAGGUUUAAUCCAAAAUCCGCUUCCAUUAAACGACCCGAAUUCCGAGUUGGAAAGCCUUAAAUUCGAUUUUAUAUUUUCCCAUAAAUCCUUUGCCGAUAGCAAGCAAACAAUUAGGGCCGCGGCCGAUAUUAAAAGGAAAUCUAGUAAUUUGGAUCUGAAAGGGAUGAUAUUGUACGAAAGUAUUAAUGCCGACGUAAACGUGGAGUGCGUUAUUAACUAUGGAAAUAAUAAACAAAUUUCCGCAACUGUAUUCUGGUCACACCCGCGCGCCACAUUGGAGGAGAUUAGGGCACAUGUUAACCUCACCCUCCCCACCUUCUCCCCUAUGCUUUUGAGCAUUGAAAUCAGCGAGAAAAUGAGCAGGGAUUAUAAAUUGAAUUUAAGUGGUACGUGGUUCAGUGGACACAGCGCCCAUGCGGUCGGUUAUUACAAAGACAAGACGAAUGCGGCAGCGUCCAACUACCACCUCAAGCUGUUCAUAACUUCACCAAAUUUCGAAGACGUAGACGCUGACUUGCAGUACUAUAGGGACAACGGAAUUCUAAAAGUCGAUUUCAAAGCAAUACACGACAAUAACGAUUAUCAAGUGUUUCUAAACCACAACACAACGGCGACAGACGAAACGGCAACCAAUGCUAAACUGAAGUACAAAACCAAGUUGUACACCCUCGACACGCUUGUUAAUACGGGAGAACAUAUCAAAGUUACGGCCGAACUACAUAUUGACCAGCUUCGAGAUAUAGACUUCUCCUUGUGGAUUUUCAACGAAGAAACCCAAAAGGCUCUCGGGUUUGACAUAAACUGGGACGCUAACCGCGAUCCCAAUCAGAAACUACUGGUCGGCACCAAUUUCACAAAAUCAGAUCAUUUGAAUUACAACGCUGAUUUUAUAGUCAGUUACCCCGGACGGACUAUUCUUGGCAAAUACGAAUUUCUCUUGCAAAAGGGCCAAAUUGAUAUGUUAGCCAGCGUUUCGUGGGACGACUCAAAAUCAUUCGCAAUCUCCUUAAACUCCGUUUACAAAUACGAAGAAGAAAUCUAUCUGGAGAUAUCGUGUAAACUAAACACUCCUUUAGAUCAGUGGAGAAAUACUCGACUAAACGCGGUGUUUGAGCAUUCGAAAAAUAAAUACAAUUUUAACGGUGUGCUUUUCUGGGAUGUCAGGCAACAAGUAGCUAUAGAUUUGUUCGGUGAUUAUUUUACCCGAGGGAAUAAAUUGGACUACAAGUACGCUUGUUCUGUUUCUAGUACCUUGGAUCGUAUACCCGAUUUGAACACUACCAUCAAACAUUCCCAGAAUGGAACAUACUUUAACACUAGCGUUUAUUUAAAGUACACCCCAGAAUUCUUAAUCGAUUUGGAUAGUGCUUGGGUACUAAACGAGAAUGAAAAUUAUUCAAAUUUAACCGGAACCGUUACCACCCAAACACCCUUCAAAGGUUUCCACCGAGGGGUGUUGGUGAGCAAAAUUUACUUCACCAGCGACAAAUAUUUGAGAGGCGUCGCCGAUUUAGACGUCGACCAUCAAAAACUGAUAGUCAACAUGGAGGGGAAGUUUAAAAGGCUGAUGGAUAGCAUGUUUGUUGCGAACGUAACGAGCCAAGAUGAAAUGUACCAAGCAAAAUUUAAGCUCUCUAAAGCAGAGAAACAUUUCGUUGCAUUACUGACGUACCCUACUGGGAAUAUGGGUAGCGAGAUUUUGCUUCAGAUAACAAAUCUGACUACGUUCGAUGCGAAAUUAUUCCUGGCGACCCCGCUAGAAUUUUUGGAGAAUUUGAUUAUUGUGGGUAAACUGCAACAAGGACAGGCAGACUUCCGCAUAGGCUGGAAUUCCUUAUUGUUAGGAUUCUCUGGGGUUUGGCAUUAUGCUAAUAUCAUCGACUUCGAAUACUCCUACAAGAUUUACACACCUAUAAAAGAUUUUGAGGAGAACGGCGUAGUCGGCAAACUCGUACUCAAAGUGGGCUUGGAUUUUGAAGUUUCACUCAAGUUAUCUCUUUAUAAGUUAGGGGUGAAACUAGUCGGUCAACCGAAGCGGAAGCCAUUAAAAGAAUUGGGAAUUAACGUCACAAGAGCAUAUUCAGCGAAAACGGUGACCAAGAAUCGAAACGAAGAUGCGGAUUUCCUUAGCUGGGAGGGUCUGAUUGAACUGGAUGUAAUAAUAUAUCCGACAGUAAAGGGGAAGCUGGAAAUCGAUCAGAACGGGCCAUCCUACGUUCUCCAGUCAAAAAUAAACCUUCCUCACGGAACUGCCACAAUUUUCGACGAGUUUGUUUACAUAGACGUUCUUACUAUGAGCAAUCAUUUAGAGAUUUCGACGCCCUAUAGUGUGUUCAAAACCGCAUCGUCCCUAUUUAGACUCAGCAUUAUCAACCAAAGGCAGUAUUCAUUCCGAAUAGGAUUUAACUACCAAAACGAAAGCAACCGGAUCGAUACCGAAUUAUUUGCCGAAUACAACGUAGAUCGCCGCGACAUCGACGAAAACACCCACAACGUAACUUUGGAAGUAAAGACCCCCUUUAGAGUGUUUCCGAAGUUAAAUUUGUUUGGAGCUUACGAAACUGAGGAGAAUUUUUAUCGCACCAGGCUAUUAUUCAACACAAAUAAGAGCGAUGUAUCUUUGGAUGCAACCACUGAGAUCGACGAGGACUGGUUAGGCCUCACCGCCGAUUUUUACGCAAAAACUCCGAUCAUAAGCUUGCCACAGUGUCAGCUUCGUUUUACAAAACUUAUGUCCUAUUCCGACAAUUACGUCGAAGUUCGUUUCAAAGUUCCGGAGAGAUUUAAAUCUGAAGUUUAUUUUCGGACGUCGUGGUUAAUUAAAAGUCUGAAACAGUUUCGGACCAUUUUGCAACUGGAGUCCCCGUUCGCUGGUUUAGAAAACACCACUGUCGGCGUAAACGUCCUAUCUUCUAGCAUUAAAACGACCCUCUGGGCUUUUGUUCAAGUAAAACCCCUUGAAAUUGAAGUGAAUUCCACGUUAGAGGAUAACGUCUUACACUGCGUUUCGUUAUUGCAAUUUAACGAGAAACGGAUUCCAAUAAACGUGCGUUGCAAAAUAACGUCGCCCUCUUCAGAUCGUCGCAAAUUUGACGGCACUUUAUCGCUGACCGAUAAAGUAUACAAAAUAAAUGGGAACUCGAGUAUAAUAGGUGGUUUGCCGGUGAAAGUUUUAAUCACUUUUACCCCAGAAGACAAUGGGCGCGCUUUAAGUUUUCAAUACUAUCUGAAAACAACUCUAAAUGACUAUGAAUUAAACGGAGAUAUACAUUACUCCGACAGUUUAACCCGUUUCACUGCACACGCAACGGCCAAUGAUAAAUAUAACUGGGAGUUUAAUUUGCAGGUUGAGCCGCCGAAUGCUACGCAAAAGUUGGCGGUACAUGCGGUGGCGGCAACUGUCGGGAACGGUGUCAGAUUGGACAUCGCAGGAAAGACUAAUAUACCGAAGCUGGAAAAUCCAAAAUGCGGCCUUAAUUUCAGUACAGGGGUAUCGUCGUUAAAGGCAUUCGGUUAUUUCCAAGUACCGUUGGCAAACGGAAGCGCCGAUAUCGAGAUUAUUUAUGUAGUUUUAGAAGAUAUGUUUUUGAAAGCGGUAGGACGAUUUGAAAACAGCGAAUACGGGAGUCAGUCCAGCGUAUUGGGAUAUUACAAAAAUCCGAAGAAAACUUUCCAGUAUCUCGACGCCGGAGGAGAUAUUAAGUUUGACAGAUUGUGGGGGACCUCGGCGAAUGUGUCGUUUUACCUGCCGCAAAAAAACAACGUUAGCUUGGAAGCGCAUUUGCAAAUUCCAAACGAUUUCGAAGAAACGCACAGUUUGUUCGGCAAACUGAAUUACGGUAGCGGUUUGAAGUUCAUCGAUUAUCUGGUUAAAUACAGAAGCACGUAUCCAGUCAGAAAGUACGGCACUUGGGCUAAGAUUUGUUUAGGGGACAAACGCAACGUAUCUGGGAAUGCCGUAAUUGAAUGGGACGGGAAGGAAUUCGAAAACGAUGCGAAUUUAAUGAAACAAAACAAAUCGAUGGAACUCAUUUACAAAUUGAAGACGCCGAAAUUCGCCGAUAAACAUCUUGUUGUGACGAAGUUACGUUAUGACUUAAAAGGCGACCACCACAACAUAACAUUUAAAACGUUCUAUCCCGAAGGCCGAUCGGUUGCCUAUGGAACUAUAGAUUAUGUCGAAAUAGCAAACAUGCACGGAACAUUCAACGUAACUAUUCCCUAUAAGGCCCUCAAUUUUACCGGAGUACACUUUAAAACGGAUACCGAUGACUACGUCUACAAUCGAUACGUUAAAGUAUUUUGGGACAAUGAUAAUGCACUUUUGGAUAGCAAGUGUGACAUUAAAACCGGAAACCUUAUUACAGAACGGAACUAUAAAGGGAGAUUAAUUGUUGAAUUACCAUUAACCACCAGGCAUUUCGGGAAUAUUAACUACGAAUAUGACAAAAAAGCCGAGCUAAGCACGGGAGAGGCCACGGUUGAUUAUAACGGCGAGAACGUCCUAGAAGGCAAGUAUAAUUGCCUGUCUAAAUCACGGGCGGGACUUCAUUCCGAUACGAUCCAUGUGGAGUUACUGAACAAGAUGGUCCCCAUCGGGGCCGACUAUGUUCGUCGACACGAAAACGUAACACUCCGUGAUGGCAACAGCGCGCCAACUGUGGAAAAACGUCAUGUACAUCUGUACCACUUGAAAAAUCAAUCAAAAUUCAACGUCACCGGAGAAUUGGACAUCACAACUUUUCCUACGGGUCAGGAGUUUAUCUUGUCGGCAACUCACCUAAACAGAACUGUCACGCUUUGGACAGAUUACGCAGUGCAAUCGAGAAAAUACAGCCAGCAUUCGAGAAUCGAACUUAGCCCAAGCGUUUGGGUAGAAUAUGAUUUGAGUUUAGUCAACAAGACUAUGGAUGACGUGUUUGACGCUCAGAUGGUUUUCAUUAAUAUAUCAUACCCCCGACGUAACUUUACCGCCGAAGGUUUCUACAAUCUGAGCGAUUCAAUUGUUUCAACUGACGUAUCACUCGUGUGGGACAAAGAUAACAAAACCGUUCGAGCGACUUUGGACUGGAGGCGAAUCUCACCCCAUCGGGAACAGUUAGAGUUACUGUUGAAGCAUCCUUCCUUUGAAAGGGACGUUUCGUUUGUGAGCGGAUACGGCUAUAGUAACUCUUCAUUAGACGGCGAGCUGGUAAUAGAGUAUUCAACGGAUCCCUACCGGCGAGUCAGCCUUGGCGUUAGGGCGGAUGAUAAAUCAGAGCGGCAAACUUAUAAUUAUACAUACAAUAUUUGGGCCGAACACAACGCUACGAAUUUAUAUUUGAAUUGCUUCGGACAUGUUUACUGGAGCCCUACUAAAUGCGGUACCGUUCACAUUGCCGAUUACAAAAGGUCCUACUUGCCUUUGUCGGAAGCGGAAACACUGGCCGUUUUGGAUUUCGAUCUCAACGAUGUCAAGUUAAAGAAAAACAAUACCCUCACGGGAUUGUCCUACUUCUGGGGCAGAUAUAGCGGCGAUUUUCCCGUUUAUUCGGCAAACAUGACAACAAUAGACGGAACGAACCACACGUCGGGGAAAUUUCACCUUCAUUUCACAGAGAAGCUGCUUUAUUUGGACGUCAACAUGACCGAAGACGGUAGCCAAAGUUUGCACACCUAUGGUAUAAUACCUGACGCCAGAAGUGCCCGAUUUGAUAUUUGGCGCGAUUACGAAGACAAGAGGUUGACUGACGUGUCUUAUUAUCUCAAACUCAAUCACUCAAGAUUAAUAAUGUCCAGUUUACGAUGGAGACCGGAACUGAUAAGCGAUGUACAGAACGGUAUACGUUCAAAAGCGAUGCAACUUUAUUACGAAACCCUGGAAGAAAUAAACAACACAAGGCAGUACAUAAAGGCCGAAUCUCUGGACGCUUUAGAUGGAAUUUGGCAGGACGCAAAACCUAUUGUCCGGCAUUAUUUGGAUGAUCUAAGAAAUCUGACUGUAAUUGAGGAAGACGUACAAUAUUUGAAAGCUUUCAUGAACAAGUCGUAUCAGGCGAACGAGUUUUACGUAAAGGAUAUCUGCACCGUUGUCCUGACAUUGUUCGACGAACUAUCGUUGAAAUCGCAUUUGCAAUCGCUACCGAAAAUACUCCAGGAAUUGUGGCAGGUCAUGGGCCAGUCGGGACAGAAUAUCCGCAAAAGCAUCAACUUCGUAAUUGACAAGAUCAAGUUGUAUUACGCGCACGCUACGCAAUUUGUCCACGACUUAAUAAACGGCGAUCCCGUCAAACAUAUAUCGAAAAUUCUGGAAAAACUCGUCGAUAGGUACGACGCCUUCAUUAAAAAUGUACACGUGUCUGCGUUGCAAUACAUGGAAAGGCUCUGGUCCGAAACGUACGGUUUGAUUGUUAAAAACUGGCAUGAAAUACUUGCCGCUCUGGAACCCACUUUCAUCAAGUUCGCUCAUUAUAUCGAAACGAUUGUUUGGUCUACUGGAAAGGAGUUUCUAGAUUUCCUUUACAUUCGAAAGAACAAAAUUAUCGAGUCGGCAUACUUUAUGGAAUUCACGAAGUUCUCGAAAGAUGUCGAUAGAUUCUACAAAGAUAUCACAGGAAAUAACACCGUGGAAGCCAUUUAUAAAUACAGCAGUAUCGCCUGGAAUUUUUUGAACGAGAAGUACAUCAAUCAUAUUCCAUUUGGAAAAGAACUGGAAGCCGUCGUAAUGGAGAUCUGGGCCGAGUUAAAGCAACUGGGUGACAUCCCAUCUAUUAAAUAUUUAACGGAGAAAUACCAUAAUACCGCAGACAUUGUUAAAUAUUACUAUAAAUAUUUCCAAGUCGAGUAUCGAGUUCACAAGCUCAUUCGGUUUAUUUAUAGAAAAUUGUCGGAAAUGACUAUAAAGGCACUCGAAUUUGAAAACAGGCAAAGGGAAGCCAAAACCAAGUUUGUAUACGACCCCAACGAAGGAGUUAUGUUGAUGGAACAAAAACUUCCGAUGUCAUGGCACGCGUUCAAUGAAACGCCAAAAUUUCAGGAAAUACCCGAAAUUAAGAUAUUUUACGACGUAUAUAACUACUUAGCGACAUCGCAGGCGUCGUUUUGGAGCUUUUAUUACGACUAUAAGCCGUACACCAACCCGUCAGAAUGGCUGCCUCCUUUCAAAGGCCACGCGAUGCUGAUGGGAUCCAGGCAUUAUGUUACAUUCGACAAAAAGUAUUACGAAUUCAGCAGCGGCAGUUGCACUUAUUUACUGACUGCCGAUUUUGCAGUGCGUAAUUUUACUUUGUUGGUUUCGUACGACGACUCUUCAGGAUCUACCAACCGUCUCACGCUGCUGAUGAACAAAACCCUAGUAAACAUUGACUUAUUUAAAGACACGGUGACGAUCGAUAGUUCGGGAAAACAGCCGCUACCGUUCCAAAUCGGCGAAAAUCGUUUGUAUAGAGACGCAGACAUCCUCAGAGUCGAAAGUAAUUCCGAAUUCCUGCUUGAAUGCAAUAUGAAGUUUCAAAUAUGCAUAUUUGAGAUAUCAGGUUGGCACUUCGCAAGAACAGCCGGUUUAUGGGGCACUUACAAUAACGAACCGUUCGACGACCUUUUGGACUCAAAGCUGACUAUCUACAACGCAUCCGACGCAGCAAAAUUCGCAGAAAGUUGGUCAUUGGACGACAAUAAUUGCGGAACCAUCAGCAUCGACAAAGAUCAGCAGCGAGCCACUUCCAAAGAAGUCUCUUCCCUUUGUCACCAAUUCUUCUCCAGUAAGUUAUCGGAUCUCAGCUUGUGCUUCCCGAGAGUCCCAAAGGAACCCUUCAUGGACGCCUGCAUCAGUAGCGUCGAUGCUUUGGGAGCUUGUCGAUCGGCAGUGGGUUACAUCGAGAUGUGUGCGAGGGAGAACACACCAAUUCGUAUUCCCGAUUCGUGCGUUAGCUGCAACCUUCACAACGGUACCGAAAUACGAGAGGGCGAUUUCAUUCGUUUUGAGGGUAGCGGCGUACUUCGAAAGGCCGAUAUUGUUUUUAUCGUCGAAGCCAAGCCGUGCAAUAAAGACCUCAAACUUCGUAAAAAUUUUAAUACGGUUUUAGAUGCGAUAAACCAGGAACUUGUCGCUUUAAACGUAACUGACAAUAGAUACGCGGUUGUAGUUUUCGGCGGAAACGGGGUUUAUGACGAACCCAGGAGUGUCGUUUUGAAUUCAAGGACUUUUACCGACUUCGAUUCCAUUUCCGAAUAUUUCGACCACAUUCCCGUUGGCAAUGGAAAUGCCGACAUAUACAACGCAAUCAUAUUUGCCAAUAAGUUGAUGUUUAGGGCCGGUGUAUCCAGAAAUUUCAUAUUACUGCCGUGUUCCGACUGUCAGGAGUACAAUACAGAGUACGAUUAUUCGGUAGUUCAUCAAAUCCUGUUUGAAAAUUCGGUCGCAUUGCACAUCUUAAUGAACGAUUCGUUCGUAACGCAAGAUGGCGAAGUCAGAAAACGGGACAGCAAGACACCGUUUGGGGUCGAUCUGACCACCGCGUAUACUAAGAAGGAUACGAGAAAACUGGACGGGGAUCAAGUGUUGAGAGAUUCAAUCAACCUCCCCAAAUCAACGCUGGGACUAUGUUUUUCUCUUGCUCUUGAGACAAACGGUACUGUAUUUAGCGCGAAGCAUCUCGAAAAUUUGAAAAUUGCAAGAAAGUUCGCAACGGUGUUCGGAAAAAGAUUGGCCCUGUCAGCUAUUCCAAAAGACUGCACCGACUGUGAAUGUACCGCCCAUAACACGGGGGUGUCGUAUAUGGAAUGUUACCCUUGCACUUACCCGAGGUCGAUGAUGGAACGCCAUAACUACAACGAAGAAGACGAUCUCUGAGUAGAAAUGCCGAUCGACCAUGUUAUAUUUAUUGUAAAUAGUUUAUUAAGAAUAAAUAAAAUUACUUAAGUUAGCUGAAUUGUGAAUUACAACUUUUUAAUAAAUACGAG